AUGCAAAUUUCGCUGUCGGCUCGUCGUUUUCCACAACCGGCACACGUUGCGACCCAUGCAAACGGACAGUGCAAGUCGCUUCAGUUUGUGGCCAAGCAGCAUGCAAAUAUGACCACUCUGGUAUUCGGGAUACCCUUGUUUGGACUGUUCUGUGGAAGCAGGUGUCGGACUUGCCGGCCGCAGGUUCCCGUUGUCAGAAGCCGGGAUUCAUGCAGCCAGGGGAUGACAAAAGCGUUCGUGGACAGGUCGGCUUACAGUGAACGCGACACGGGAUGCUUGGCUGAUGGAACGCCCCGUGCACGAGCCGGGAAUGCUGCAAUUUAUGCAUCGGCAGCUGCAGCUGCAGCUAGCGUGGCCAGCAAGCCUUCAAAGAUUUCGGUGGAUGGCUGCCUGGCUGAUGGCACAGCCUUCAACAGAGCAGGCAAUGCUAUCAACCAUCCCGAGUCAACCGUGUUCCCCGUGGUGACAAGCAGAUCCAAGGCAGGUGUUCCGGAUGCUGGGUGUUUGGCAGACGGAACGCCCAUUGAGCUGGCAGGAAAUCGAUCGUUGAAGUUCUUCCACCCUGCCAAGACAUCGCUUGUAGCAGAUGUACAUGAGCUGGCUCGUACGGCGGGCGAGGCAGAAGAAGAAGAAGAAGAUGAAGCACACAACAUGAGAGAUGGACAGACGGAGUUGGUCGAUCGGCCGGAUGAGAAGAUGCUGGAUGCUGGCGACAGCACUUUGUCGGAGCUUCACAAUCCUUCGAGCCUACAAGGCCGGUCGAGCAGCCAACCCAGGAACGGGUCAGUUCGCGAUGCCGCGACCAGUGAGAAAACAUCUGAUGUCCCGAAGGCUACAGAGCGUGGGCAAUCAAGCAUUGCCCGUUCGGCAAGCUUGGGCACAAUUGCACCGAACAUCACAAUCCCGGACGAGAUAUUCGAGCCAUCUCCCCGACAGGUUAGCGCAACCAAGGAGUUUUCCUCCGGUGUGACGUCCGGUGCGACGUCUGUGUCAACGCCUCCUGGCGGCUCCACAGUGCUCGUUGAUGUAAAGAACCGGGAACCGAUGCAGCAAAAGCACACGCAACCAGUGAGACACCAAAACCCUGCGGGAUCCAAGAUCUCGUCAGAUGAAGAAGAUGACAUAUCUGAACAACUGCUUGCAGUGACAGCAUUUGUAGCGUCUGUCUUAUUCAUCAAUGGUAGCUAG